AUGAAAAUUUUCGUUAGAAGUCAAUACAAAACUACACUCUACAAUGUAAACUCCUCGGAUAAUAUUCUUAAAUUAAAACAAUUAAUUCACGAUAAAUUAGGAAUAGAACCACAUGAUUAUAAAUUGUCAUUUGGUAGUAAAUAUUUGGAAGAGGAACAUACAUUCCAAGAUACUGGGAUUGAGGAUUACUCGACCAUUCAUCUUUUGCAUAGAUUGCAUAGAUUGCUUGGUGGUAGUGGUGGACCGUUGGUUUCGUUCGAAUUUCAGGAUUUAAGCAAACCUAUACAGAAAAGAAAAUGGUCUAAUUCAGCUCCCCGUUGGAGGGUUGCAACUUGGGGUCUCAAUCUUGAAGGGAGUUGUGAAAACAUACUUUGCGAAGCUCACGGAAAAUGUCCAGUUAUAGUCAUGUGGGGUUACCAAGACUUUGACUUUAUUAAUGAUGAACAUAACUGUAAAUGUCCAAUAUGUGAUAAGCACGUCAAACCCACCACCUGUGGGUUCGCUAAUACUAAAUGGAAAUAUGAAGGAUUAAUUAAAAAGUCAGGAUAUCCUCCAGAAAGGAUUAAUAGUAUUUGGAAAGUCGCUGAGGAUGACGGAUACACGACAUUCGCAGAAAAUCAUACUAUAUCGUGGAAUAGUCUCGUGAUUCGUGUAAAACCAUAA